UUAUAACUAUGGCGGGUCAUGGCUUUUAAAGACCUCCAUUCCUAUUUCCUACCUCUCUGAGUUAUUUCAUUGGAGCACACUCAACGUUCUCCAUUGAAGCGUUCUCCGUUGAAUCUAAUUCUUGUAUCCUCCAUUGAAGCAGCUUCUAAGAUAACCAACAUGUACAAUAACGUGGGAGUUCAGCCUGGAGGCCAAGCCGGCCAACAGCCACAAUUUCCUCCCCAAGCUAGUCCAUUUGGGACUGCUUUCACUGGAGCUGGUUCUGGGUUGCUUCGCAGUGGAUUGAGUGCAUAUGGAGAGAAAAUAUUUGGUUCAAGCUCGGAGUAUGUGCAAAGCAAUAUAAGUAGGUACUUUGCUGACCCGCAAUAUUAUUUCCAAGUGAAUGAUGACUAUGUGAGGAACAAGUUGAAGGUUGUUCUGUUUCCUUUUAUGCACCGGGGGCAUUGGACGAGGAUCACUGAGCCUAUGGCAGGCAAAAUCUCCUACAAACCUCCAAUUUAUGAUAUCAAUGCACCAGAUCUUUACAUUCCUAUGAUGGCAUUUCUUUCGUAUGUUGUGCUUGCUGGAUUAUCCUUGGGGCUGAAUAGAAAGUUUAACCCAGAGACUGUAAACUGGCUGCUCAUGAAAGGACUAGUGGGGUGGUUUUUACAGGUUUUACUACUCAAAAUGUCAUUAUUGUCACUCAGCAGUGGGGAAACACCAUUGUUGGAUAUCGUGGCAUACGCAGGGUAUGCAUUUACAGGCAUAUCUUUGGCUCUUGUUGGGAAACUAUUGUGGAGACACUCUUAUUACGUCACGUUACUCUUGACCUGCCUUAGCAUGGGAAUUUUUCUGGUGAAGACUAUGAAGAGAGUUUUGUAUGCAGAGGUGAGGAGUUAUGACUCAGGCAAACAUCAUGUGCUCUUGCUCUUGAUUGCAUUGGCUCAGUUUCCACUCUUCUUGUGGCUUGGGAACAUAACUGUCAACUGGCUGUUCUAGCCCCCGAAUAUCUAGUUGCUUGUUGUAUAGCUCUAGCAUCUAGGUGAUACAGACUCCUUUGCCAAGGAUUUUUACUGUUUGUGUGGUGCGUACUUGGAGACUGCGUUGUCCGGACCAUACUGUUGUCUGUUAACAGGAUAAAAUUGGAGUUAUUCAUUGUCUAUAGGAUCAAACUGUAACCGCUAAUGUUGUUAUAUUGAUAAUUUUUGGUAAUUCAGGAAUAGAUAUGAUUUCAUAUGCAGUUGAAUUUUGGGUAAUUCAUGCCGGAAAGACAAUUGAUGCCUUUUAAGCUUA